CCAAAGAGAAGGUUUGUCACUAGUUGAAAAUCAGAAAUUAGAAGAAGAAAAACAGAGUGAGGAGGAGAGUCGAAAGGAAAGCAAUCGGAAGCAGAAAGAUGAGCGGAGUUUCAACGGCGGCGUAUUUCGCGCGGAGAGCGGCGCAAAAGGAGAGGGUUCGAAUCCUCUAUCGCCGUGCCCUCAAGGAUACUCUGAACUGGGCUGUUCAUCGCCACAUUUUCUACCGAGACGCUUCUGAUCUGCGGGAGAAGUUCAAUGCCAACCAAGACGUGGAGGAUGUUGACAGAAUCGACAAACUGAUUGCUCAUGGUGAAGCCGAAUACAACAAAUGGCGACACCCUGAUCCUUAUAUCGUUCCAUGGGCUCCUGGUGGCUCAAAGUUCUGUAGAAACCCUACUCCGCCUGCUGGGAUUGAGAUUGUGUACAACUAUGGUCAAGAAGACAACCCAUAAAUCUAAUUUUCAUACCCCCAUCAAUAAAAAUUGAAGCAUCUUGUGGCUAUGGUUCAGAAUAUAAACUCAAGGCUUUCAAGGUUGAAACUUUGAGGGACCAUUUCUAUUUUUUCGUUCACUAUUGUUUCAACUUGUUAGUCAAUGGAUGUUCUGGCUUUCAAACCCUAUGAGGAAAACAGGAAAUUGUCUGUGUUUUUUUCUGUCUACUUUGACCACAUAUCUACCAGCGUUUUAUAAAUGUGUCCGUUUGCUAA